GUUUUCGUGUUCUCAACCCAUAUGCAACAAGUUAUUCUACGUCCAACAAUUGGAUUCAGUGCUCAACUUUCCAAGCAUGUCUACUUAGGAGAUGCACAGGCAGUUAAAUACGACAAAGUGAUAACAAAUUAUGACCAAGGAUAUAAGAAAUUUACUGGACAUUUUACAGCACCUUUGAAGGGACUGUAUUUGUUUUCUUGUACCAUAAUGGAAUAUCGAGACUACUACAUUCAUGUAGAAAUUGUCAAAAAUAGAGUAAGAAUAUCAACCAUUCAUGCUAAUAAAUAUGUCUUCGACCAAAGUUCACAGACAGUAGUUCUUGCCUUACGUAAGGGUGAUUCUGUAUGGACAAGACAAUCAGCUUCCGAGCGAUAUCUUUGGAAACACAUCGGGUAUAGCAUGUUUACCGGAAUCCUUGUUUCAGAAGAUAUCUGA